GUGCAAAUGGAAGGGAGACGGAAGAAAGCGAAGCCGCUGCUCAUAAAUCUCGCACCUCCGCCUAAAUUUAGGCGUCUUCUGUAUUUGUAUGCAAUAUUGUUUAAAACAUGAUUUUAUUUUGUGUAGUAGCGGAGGAUAUGUUAGGGGAGCAAUCAACCGCCCCAUCUGUAUCACCGUUUCUUCCAGACAAACUUCAAGCAUACACCAUUUCUGGCAACGAAGGUUCUCUAAGAUCAACCUUAUUCCCCUUUUCGGAAACCGCCCCGCAUGAUUAUUUUUUGCCCGAUGUCGACGAAGAGGUCGAUGAGGUGAAGCGGAAUUUGUUCUUUCCGCCACAUCUAGCUUCUCUACCAGUGCCGGUUAAGGAAUCGACUAGGGAAAUUGAAGGAAAAUGGUUUAGCACCACCUAUCGUCUCAGGAAUCCUAUGCUUCAGCUCCACAAAGCUUGGUUCUCAGAUUGUUGUCUGCAAGAUUGAAGAGAUAACAGAUUUUUGUGAUUUCCUAUCGCCGAGUCAAGAGGAACAAGCAACACGAAGUGCAGUAGUAGAACGUGUGUUUGAAGUCAUCAAGUACAUCUGGCCCAAAAGCAAAGAGGCAGUCUUCAAUGUCGCCUUAUUUUGGCUCUAUGUAUCACGGAUCUCCAUUGUUACUCCUACUGCUAGGUCCUCUUACUAAAAAAAAGUUAACUUUCUAGAUUUAACCUACCUCUAAUUGUUAAACAUGUUAUUAUGAUAAAUGUUAUAGUUAUCAAGUUUCUGAUUAACAUCAAUUAUGCAGG